AGAAUGAUACUCAAACCUACGGUAUUAUUAUUACUGCUCCUCCAAUCGAUUUCCACAAUAACAUGCCUUCUUCACGUACAGAAGAAUGAGAUAAGAACCGUCGACUCGUUGGAUGGUCUUUGGACAUUUGUUAGGGAACCACAUAAUGGAGGAGAUGUUGGAAUUGUUAAUCAGUGGAAUACAUUGGAUUUGGAGAGGUUCCAGAACGCGACAGUGAUGCCCGUGCCAUCUGCCUAUAACGAUUUAGGAACAGGAAGUGAACUUCGAGAUCAUAUCGGAUGGGUUUGGUACGAGAAGAAGGAAUUCGUUCCGCUGAGAGAUCGUAAUAUGAGGCACGUGCUGCGAUUCGGCUCGGUCAACUAUUUUGCAGUAGUGUACAUCAACUCGGAAAAGGUCACUUCUCAUAUCGGAGGACAUUUGCCAUUUGAAGUUGAUAUUUCUGCACAGAUAAAGUUUGGAGCCGAGAAUAAGUUCACCGUGGCCGUUAAUAAUACUCUGUCAUGGUCAACAAUUCCUCAGGGGGACUUUAAUUAUCAAAGUGUUGCUCCGAGGAAUAUCAGCGGGAGAAUUCUCUCCCGUCUCCCAGCAGGCGCCGUAAAGAACGUCGGAAACUUUGACUUUUUCAACUACGCCGGAAUCCUGAGAAGUGUCCAACUGAUGAAGAUCCCUUCAGUCUAUAUUCAAAAUAUCAAUAUAGUAGCAGAUCACACUGGAUCAUUCUUCUUCGAGACAGCGGUCAGUAGUUUAGAUGGAGUACGUGUUGAAGUCAAGAUGUUCGAUGGAGAAGGAUCUCUAGUUUACACUGGAAAUCAGACAAAGAGUGAGGGACAGAUAUCUAAUCCAAAGUUAUGGUGGCCACGUGGAAUGGGAAAACCGGAUCUUUAUUCUCUUGAAGUAUCAUUGAUUCUUGAUGGAGAAUUGGCAGAUAUCUAUAGGGAACAAUUUGGAUUCCGUACUGUUACAUGGUCAGACUCGCAGAUUUUCAUCAACUCGAAGCCGUUUUAUUGUCUUGGAUUUGGAAUGCACGAGGAUUUCGAGAUUAUAGGCCGUGGAUUCAACCAAGCUAUCAUGACAAAAGACUUGAAUCUACUCGAAUGGAUGGGUGGAAACUGCUACCGAACAACCCAUUAUCCAUAUUCCGAAGAACGAAUGUUCGAGAAUGACCGUAGAGGUAUUGCGGUGAUUGUGGAGACACCAGCUGUCGGCUUAAAGGGAUUUUCCAAAGCUAACAACAAUUUGCACGUGAAAAUGCUCCAAGACAUGAUUGAUCGAGACAAGAACCAUCCAUCAGUCAUCGCGUGGUCUCUGGCAAAUGAGCCGCAGACUAUGAAGAAGGAGAGUAGGAAUUAUUUCAAAACUCUGGUGGACACUGCUCACGGAAUCGAUCGUACUCGUCCGGUGACUACUGUGUAUGGUCCGACGAACUUCGAUAAUGAUCAAACUGCGGAUUUGAUGGAUUUCAUUUGUGUUAAUCGAUACUACGGAUGGUAUAUUGAUAUGGGCUACAUCCCCUGGAUCAAUCAAAGUGUAUACUGGGACAUCUCCCUUUGGCGUGAAACCUUCCAUAAACCAAUCAUAGUAACCGAGUACGGAGCCGACAGUAUUCCUGGAUUGAAUCAAGAACCAUCUGUUGAUUUCUCGGAACAAUAUCAAAAUGAAGUGAUUCAGGAGACACAUCAUGCAUUUGAUGCAUUGGUUAAAGAUCAUACAAUCACUGGAGAAAUGAUUUGGAAUUUCGCAGAUUUUAUGACUGGAAUGACCACCACACGAGCCGUCGGAAAUCACAAAGGAGUCUUCACGAGGUCUCGUCAGGCGAAAAUAGCAGCGUAUACGCUUAGAAAUCGAUAUUUGAAGAAAGGAAGUAAUAUUGAUACAACAAUUUGGACAUAAAUUACCCCCGAUUUGAAAUUCAAAGUGCCUCUCACAAAUUUAUAUUAGCUUUAAUUUGUUCGUUCUUUAUUUUUUGAGAAAAAAUAUAUAAAAACGAUAUCAAUUUC